AUGACCAACGUGCCACCGCCUUAUUAUGAUCAUCCACAUGAAUCAGCGUCACACAUGCACAAUGUACCGAAACAAAACUACCCACCGCAAGUAUUCUCUGCAAUUUGUCCAACAGGCCCAAAUCCAAUGCCAUGUACCUGCCCGUAUUGUCACCAAGCGAUCAUAUCACGUGUGGAAAAUAGGAAUGGUGCUCUUGUAUGGAUUGUAGUGAUUAUUCUCUGUCUCAUUGGCUGCGUAUUCGGUUGCUGUUUAAUUCCAUUUUUCAUGAACAGUUUGAAAGAUGUAAUACAUAUCUGUCCGGUUUGUCAACGACAAAUUGGACGUGACAAAAAAUUGUAG